AUGGAGAUCAGCCACGCCGCCGAGCCGGUUCGGCGAGAUCGCAUCAGCAUGCUCGAUGACGCCGUACUUGGCCAAGUCCUCUCCUUCCUCCCGUCCAAGCAGGCCGCGCGUGCCGCCGCGCUCUCGUCCCGGUGGCGCGACGCCUUCGCCACCGUCCACACCCUCUCUCUCGAGGAGCCCAGCCCCGUCACCACCUACGACAGCAACGGAUGGCCCACGGAGGUCGACCCGCCGGAGCCCUUCCGCGCCGCCAUCACCGCCGCCAUCGUCGCCCGCCACCGCAAACCGGGUGCCGCGCCGCCGCUCCGCGCGCUCCGCGCGCUCCGCGUCGCCUUGCAGGACUAUAGUUACUUAGACUCCAUCGCCGUGGACCUGUGGGUCUCCUACGCCCUGAAGAGGGCCGGCCCCGACCUCGAGCUCGAUCUCUGCUUCAGAUCCCUGCCCAUCUACUGCAGCCGCGACGACGAGAGUGUUCCAAGUCCGUCUCUACUCUGGUACACCGUCCCGAGGGGUCUCUUCUCCUGCUCCACAUUGCGAACGCUCCGCAUUGGGCCCUGCAGGCUCUCCCCGCCGUCCGCCGUCAGCCUGCCAUCCCUCCAGGAGCUCCUCCUCACCCGCAUCUCCGAUACCGAUGAGUUGGUGCAAAGGCUCAUCUCCGGCUGCCCGCGCCUCGGGGACCUCACGCUCGAGUCCUGCGACGCGGUGACAAUGCUCUCCCUCUUGGACACGCGCCUCCGCAGGCUCGCCCUACGGUGCUGCCACAACCUUUCCCACGUCGUCGUCGACGUGUCCGAGCUGGGCACCUUCGAGUACCGUGGCGCCGUGCCCGAGAUGCCGUUGCUGACCACGUUGGGCGCCACAUGCUGGUUCCCCACCAUGCCAUCCCUCGCGUCAUGCACCGUCUACAUCUGUGGCGGCGAGGUCACGGCGCCGGAGGAACUCGCCAGUCUCACGGCGUUCCUCCAACACUUUGCAUCCGCGAAGCACUUGCGCCUGAGGUCCAAGUGCAUGUACCCUGACAUCGGUAAGGGUGCCGUCACAAGGCUCCCGGCGUUCUGGCACCUCCACCACCUCGAGCUGUGGGGGCACCUGCUGCACGACGGCGACGCCGCCGCCACCGUCAGCGUGACGAGCAGGAUUCUCCGGCACGCCCCGAACCUGGAGGUGCUAUCCUUGUUUUUCGAGACAGGGACCGGGGCUAACAUUGACGACGAUGGGCCGCUCCCAACCGGCCGCGACAACUGCAAGGCAAUGGAGCUUCUCAACGCGCACCGUCUCAAGUACAACCGGUACAACAUCCUCGACUGGCCGAGUGGCGGCGCCAUGAUCCCUUGCCUGGCGAACCGGUUGAGGGAGAUCAACCUGGUACAUUACCAGGGAGGCAGGGCGCAGAGGACGCUCGCCAAGUUCUUGCUCUGUAAUGCUCCGGUUAUCGGCGAGCUGUGGUGCCAGUUCGCCGAGGGUCCGUUUUGGAUGCAGACUGAAUUGAUGCGGGAGAUGAAAAGUUGGGUGAUGAACGAGAGAGCUAACACGGUCUUCCGGUGA